UGGGGUGGGACGGCGCCGGCGGCCGGGGCCAGCCCGAAGCCCGAGCCGGGGCCGAGCGCCGCCAGAGCCGCCGGGGCAGCCCGCGCCCCCGGGCCCGCCGCGCCGCGCCGCCGGGAUGAGGCGGGCCGGGCCCUGGUGCCUGCUCCUGGCCGCUGCCUGCGCCCUGCGCCGGCCCCCGCCUCCGCGGGCCGCCGUGCGCUGCCCGGCCGCCGGCGCCUGCUUCAGCGCCCACCUCGCCAACGCCUCCUACGCCGAGGCCCGCAGCGCCUGCGGCCAGCAGCGGGGCGGCCUGGCCUGGGUCAGCGGCGAGCCGGAGCUGCGGCUGCUGCUGGGGCUGCUGGCGGAGGCGGCGGCGGGGCCCGCGCCCUCGCUCUUCUGGGUCGGGCUGAGGCGGAACGCCUCCGCCUGCACCGACGUGGGGCAGCCGCUCCGCGGCUUCUCCUGGGAGGGCGCCGGCGGCGGGGCGGCCCCGCGGGAGGUGCCGGCGGCGCUCGGCCGGUGGGUGCAGGAGCCGGUGCGGACCUGCCUCAGCGCCCGCUGCGCCGGGCUGCACCUGGCGGCGGCCCCCGGCGGCGGCCCCGGCUGGGGCUGGAAGGAGCUGCUGUGCCAGCGGGAGAGCCAGGGCUACGCCUGCAAGUACCCGUACGAGGGCGCCUGCCCCGACCCCAGCCCCGCGGGCGCCCUCGACUUCGACUACCGCCUCCCCUUCGAGGCGCGCAGCGCCGGCCCCGGCUUCAGCCCGCCGGGCACCGUGCUCACCGUGACGUGCCCCGGCGGGGCGGUGCGGCUCACCUGCGAGCCCGAGCGGGGCGGCUUCGCCUGGAAGGCGGCGGAGGAGCCCCUCUGCCCCUGCCCCGGCGACCACCGGAGCCCCGGCAGCGGGCUCUGCGCCGGGGCCGCCGGGUGCCGCGAUGCCGCGGGUGGCGUCGCCUGUGCCAGCACCCAGGACGGGCGGGCCGGGCCGCCCAGCGCGGCCACGGCGGCGGCGCCCCCCGCCGCGGGCAGCCCCGCGGAGCCGCCGGCUGUGGAGGCGGACGAGCGCCGGCCCCCCGCCCCGACAGCCGACGGCUCCGCGGGGCCGUCCGGCGCCGGCGGGGAGCAGACGGCAGCUCCGCCGCCCUCCUCGUCCUCCUCUUCCAACUACGUUUUUAUCCUGGUGACGGUCGCGGUGGUGGUGCUGGUCAUCCUCGUCAUGACCGUCCUGGGGGUCUUCAGGAUCUGCUUCAACAAGAGCUCCGAGGGUGGCAGGGGCAAGGAGCCGCCCGAGGCCGGCAGCAAGGCGGAGGCGGGCGCGGCGGAGCCCCGCGGGGCAGCGGGCGACGACUAGCCCCGGGCCAGCGGGGGCCCCGUCCGGCAGCUCUGCGCCCGGCGCCCCCCGGCUCCGCUGCCACCGUGGGACCUACGGAUUGCCGGGGCGCGACCCCCGCCGCGGGGGUUUGAAGCCUUUGGGCAGGCAGGAGCUUUCAUCGGUCUGAAAAGCAGUGAUUUAGGUGCUGACAUAAGUAAAAUAUAAAUAACGCCAGCCUGGCCGGCGGAGCGGCGGCUUAUCUUGCAGCUGCAACAGUUGCGGGUUUUUAUCUUCUCAGAAACUGUUCUCCGGGUGCUUUAUUUGGAGCAAGUGGAAAGGGGAACGCUGUGAGCGCUCCUAUCUCAUAAUUUCGAAGCCACUCUGUGUCUGAGUGGUACUUGGAGGCUCUCGGGUGUUUUCCAAUUGCUGGAACAUUUGGAGAGGUGAACAGCCAUAAUUUUGGAAGGAGCUGUGACCUGUACUCUUUCAGGCUGACAUUCUUGAAAAUGAAGAGCAUUUCUAUACUUAGAAGGUCAUUAAAUUGCUGAGGAAGUGGGAGGUUAAUGGGGAGCCAGUUUUAUACUUCAGCUGAUGAAAAGAAUAAAGGAUGAUGUUAAAUCUAAA